GGCAGCAUCUCUUUCUUAUUUGUUGACAUCGAGAUUGUCGAAGAACACGUGACAAAGAAGACGGACAUGAGUAAUUGUCCUAGACUGAGAGGGCGUUCACUUCUCUUUCGAUCCAAUCAUUUCGCCCUCUUGAAAUAUGUAAAUUUUCGAAAUAUUUCUCAAUUACCAGAAACUCCAUCAUUCAGCUUAGCGGUCGAUUUCUGUUACCCAGAGAUGAAGAGCCGGAGGUCGAACUCCCACAGACAGCACACGUUUAGCCCGCGCCGGCUCCCGAUCGGGCGGAAUAUGAUCCCUGAUACAGCAUACCACUAGCAUCCUUCAGACCAGAAAUUGACAUCACCAACUUUGGGCCGGAUCCGAGGUUCCCUUCAUUUCAGCAACCAGAAACACGACAAGGGCCUUGCGCGUAUGGAACAAGAAGAGCUUCAUCGGGCUUAUUUCUCAUUCGCUCCUCGAGCCAAACUCUGGCCCCAUUUGAGUUUUCUUACCAAGUUCGAGCAUCGCAAUUCCUCAAUAACCUUUGUCAUCCCUCUCGGCAAAACAUCAGGCCAAGAACAAAAGGCAAAACCGCGACUAUGAAUAGAAUUUCAUUUGAUGUCUCAGCAAGCAAAACUCUGCCAAAGUGUGCUCAGCAGAAAGGUUUCCUGCUUGGGCCGGUUAGAUUAGGAAAUCAUUACCGCUGUGACUGAACAGAUCUUUCCAGCUGUAGUGAUGGAAACUCACAUGCUCAUCUCUCAACGUCGCAUCGAGAGCGCGAUGUCACCCAGCGAAACAGAGGAAAUAGAAGCGAAACAGAGAUAAUGACGAGCAACAAGCUACGGGUUGUAGUCAUAGGCGGCGGCAUAGCAGGCCUCUCCGCCGCCGCCGUCCUCCGGCAAAAACAUGACGUGACAGUCUACGACCGCGAUGAUCCAACCUCCUCCUCCUCCGCCUCCGGCUCCGCCCCGGACCGCGGCGCCGGCAUCGGUCUCGGUCCCAACGGCACAAAGAUGCUCAAAAAGGCCUUUCAAUUCAGCCCCGAAAACGUCAAGGCCACAAUCUGCGCCGGCUCGAGGACGUACGAUAAGCAGGGGAAUCUGUUACGGGAGAUGACGGGCGUAUCGGAGCCGUUUGGGAGCGAGUGGCUGCUGAUGCACCGCGGCGACUUGCGGGACGAGCUGUUGAGGCUCACGACGGGGGACGCGGCCAAAUUGGGGAUUUCAGGACCGCCGGCUAGGGUUGUGGAGGGGAUCCAGGUUGUUGGUGUUGAUGUUGAGGAGGGCAAGGUGAAGCUGAAGGAUGGAGCGGAGGUUACAGCUGAUGUGAUUGUUGGCGCAGAUGGCAUCCACUCCCUCGUCCGACAAGCUGUCAUCGGCGGGCCGUCUCAUAUGGUAUCACCGGGUGCCUCACUCUACCGCUUCACGUUCCCGCUUGAGAAGGCGAGGGAUAUCCUGGGAGGGUACCCGGCGGCGAUAGACCCGUCCAACAGCAACUUUCUCAACAUGAUGACGGCCGACGACGAGACACACCGCAAUAUCAUCUUUUAUCCCUGCCGUGAUAUGACGCUACUCAACGUCGUGGCGAGGAUCCCCGAUGCCAUGCUCUCGGUGGAGAGCAUCACGUCUUGGAACGCAGAGGGAAGCGCAGAGGAGAUGCUGGAUCACUUUUUCGACUUUGCGUCGUGGAUGCUGGAGAUUAUGAAAAACGCCCAAAACAUCCACCUCUACAAAGUCAAAGACGCAGACCCGCUCCCAACCUACACCCGCGGCCGCGCCGUCCUCGUCGGCGACGCAGCGCACCCGAUGACGCCGUUCCAAGGCCAGGGCGCGACGUAGGCCAUCGAGGACGCCGAAGGGUUACGGCUGCUUCUCCAUGAGAGUGUCAGCGCCGAAAACCCCGAGAGCAUCGCGUCGGCGCUGCGAACGUGGGACUCGGUGCGCAGGCCGCGCGCGUCGCAGGUGCAGCAGAACUCGAGGCACGUGACGGAUAUGUCGGCGCAGGCGCAGCUGGAUCGGAUGAGGUUGAAUUGGACGUAUGACGGGAUCCACGCAGCGUUGAGGAAUCGGUAGACGUGGGUGUGUGCCCACAGGGAGGAUAGGACAGGAUCAAGGCUAGAUGGGUUGGGCGAGUUUGGUCCAUAUGGACUACCUACCUGCCCUCUUACUAUGUAAUGGGGCUGGUAACUCAUUGGAAGGGUCAAAGGAGGCAGAGGAAGUUGAGAGCAGACGGCUGGUUCCGCGACAGC